ACUGUAGAGCAGAAGAGGCACGCGCUCAGGACGCAAUCACAGAGCCGGCUGUAGAUCCCAGAGCUGAACACAGAGUUAAAACAGCAAUGUCAAGGUCUGCUAUUGUGGUGUGGCUCUUGGCUGUGUCAUACAUGGACAGCAGAGCAGCAGAGCAAAUCCAGAAUAUGAGUGUCUCUACCGGGGAGAAUGUGAUAUUGCCAUGCCCUUGCCCUGAAGAUACUAAGAACCUCGUAUGGCAGAUUGGCGAAGAGAUAGUUGUGAAUCACUGUUGUGAGAAGAAAGAUCCACUACAUGAAUCCUAUGUGAAUAGGACCCAAGUCUUCCUGUCAUUUUCAAAAGGAAACUGCUCGCUACUUCUCCGUGAUGUGUCCAAUAACGAUAAGAGGACAUUUACAUGUUAUAUUUUUGAUCAGGAAAAAAGACUAAAACACAUGCAUGAAGUUAGACUGAUAGUUGAAGUUGCGAAGGAAAGUAACAGAAGCACUAUAAAUGAUCCGUCUACUACAACAGAGAGUCACGAUGAACCUCAUAGAGGAUUUUCAGUUGGAGUUCCCUUAUCACUGGUAAUGAUACUGGUAAUCCUGGCUGGACUGAUUGUGGUACUUCUUAUCAGAAAGCAUCAGCAGAGAAGACCAAGAAUGGAGGUGAAACAAGAUCCACAAGCAAAACUGCCUAUAAUGGACCACACACCUGUGUGACUAAUAACAUGACACAUUUUGGGUGAGCCAAUAAUUAUGGCAUGAAUUCACUGUGAAGACCACAUGGAAAAUGAUCUGAUCACCAACACAGGGCAUUAUAAAUCUGUAGACAUAUCAAUAUCCUUCUUUUUACUUCCGUAAAAAAUCGCUGUAAUAUAGUCCUUGCUUGUUUAAAGGUACAUACAUAUUGGUAUUUACAUACAUUUAACUGUCAGAUGCCUGCAUCCAAAGUUACUUAACAGUGAGCCAGAAUCCAAUAAAAACACUGAGCUGGCAGGCUCCUAAGGUGCUUGCUGAAUCGUCCAGAGAUUUCAAAUUCAAAUCCUGAUGAUACAUGUAUGUGGAGGAGGGUAGAUAUGUCUAUCCUCACAUGACUUGGAGGUAGCACAUGCUAGCUUUCACCCUCCCUGGUUAGGAGCUGUCAUAUUAUAGGGAAGUGCUGACUAGUGGGUGGGAAUUGGCAAAGAAAAAAGCAAAACCUUCAACUGUCAGUGGAGAUGAAAGUGCUGCAAGAUUUAUAAUCAACCACAAACAAAUGUAGAGAAGUACCAAUUUUAUAUUUAGUAUUUUCAUGACUGGAAUCAAUAUUCAAUUGGGUUUAACAUAUUUUCUAGUCCACUGCCAUAUUGUAUCCCAUGAAUGGCCAUCUCCAAAUCUGCAGCUGACACUGUCUGGGGGUGAACGAGUGGUCCAUGAGUAAUUGGGCAUGCAAGGGUGUAAAAGUGAGCAAUUGGGACAGUCCUCAAAACUUCAUUACGCUCCAGUUGUGUUCAGCACAAUGCUUUUACAAUGGCUUGGCAUUCAGUGAUAUUGGCAGAGAGUCACGAAACUGUACAGUCAUCAGUUAAGCAUUUUUGCCGAUUAAUACAAUGUUAAUCUUUCCAUUUGGAAAAAAAAGAAAAAAAGAAUGACAGUUAUAAUAAUAUUGUCAAGCCUACUAAAAACAAAUUGCUUAAUAUCACAGCAACAUAUUUGGAGGGUGAAAUCAGCUGAUUGCUCUCAUUAUAUAAUUAUGAAAAGAUGUACAGUUUUUUUACAAGAUUUGUUUCACAUAAGAUAUUCUAAGGCUGCUUUAUGACAAGUUUAGGCCUCUGCCUUGCUCUUAACAAAGCCAUCUGCUGUGAUUGGUCCUCAUAAAUAAUCACAAAAAAGGUUUUGGGUAAAAGACCUCUUCUGAGUUUGCAACAAUGUGGGGCUCACCAUAGAGUGCAGAAAGUUCACAUACAGGGCACAUAUGAACAUUUGAAGCAUAAAAUGAGAACCGGGACACCUUAUAACCUUGCCGACCUUCCAGUCAUGUGUAGAUGAGGGCCAUGAGGCUGUAGUUGUGCUGUUCAGAACAGUGUCAGUGUGUGAUGUUGAUUGAUAGGACACAAAUUGCUUCAAAGCACAUCUCCAUUUCACUUUUUGCUGCAUAAAAUUGCAGCAGACGCUUGCUGAGAAUCUUUUGGUUACUGUGAAGAUGUCAUAUAGUGGAAUGUACAUUCCAACAGCCAGUACACAGUAAAUUGGAAAAAGUGGGAAUCUGUGCAUCUCUGAACAAAUGCAUAAUAUAAUUUCUGCAUGAAGCACUAACUGGUGCUACAAAUGUGAUUUACACUUGAAUGAUAUGUGGUUAAGUGAUUUUCAUGUGAAAAUAUUUACUUUCCCCCCAGUAAUAAUCUCUUUGUAAUUUAAGUAAGCUUGGCUUUUUCCUGGGCAGGAAGCCCAGAACAGGAAAAAACAAGUAUCAGUGUUGACAUCUGAAAUGAGUAGGUUUAACAAGAUGAGAACAGGAGAUCAUUUUUCAUUUAUUAACAUUUAAUAACUUAUUACCUUAUACCUUUUAUUUUGUCAGUGAACCUCCCUUCACAAAAUAUUAAUAGAUUAAUAAUAAAUUGAUGUAAGAAAUAAAGAAAACUAGUUAAAGAGUGCAAAGAAACUCUGGUUAAAUCAGGGAAAAUGAUGGGCUAUACCUUGGACCUCUGUACCAGCUGCUGCAUUACAAUAUACUUACUACUUCUAGUUUCAAAGGUCACCGGUACUUGAUAUCUCCCAUCUGUAAAUUAUAAAGGAGAUACUAUAUGUACAGAAAAUACGAUGGCCCCCAUUUUUAUUUCGUGCAAUUAUUGGAAGCUUUCAGUUAUAUGCAGUUUGUGUAGUGUUGAUCGGCAUCUGCGUUACCGGCAUUACUACCGCACUUUUCAUGUACACCUGGGCUUGUUUUCUUCGGGUAUGUUUUUAUUUUAAUACUCCCUAUGGGAUAUUUUGCUUGCUUGUAUUUAAUACAAACACAACACAAUUGUGAAGUGUAUUUUCAUAUGCCUGUAAUGCUAAUAAACUUUACAGUACUUUUCUAUA